GCGGCCAAUCAGCGCGCGGCGUUCGCCGGCGCUGUGUCACGUGAUCGCCGCCCAUUUUGCCGGCCGGCCGGCGGCGGCGGCGCGCGGGCGGCUGAGAUUAGUGCUAAUUGAUCGCCUGGCCCGUGGUAUCGCGGAGAGAGCUGUAUCUCUGAGGACACGCCUGUAUCUCCGAGUGAUGGCCGACUCUCAGCCGAAGGGGCGCUGGUCGCCGACUUCAGUAACGCUGACGGAGCCGCCUCCGGAGCCGGAGGUAGCGGUCAACGCCGCGUCUCCGGCUCACAGCGCGUCACCUCGCCAGUCACCUCAGCAGCAACAGCAGCAGUCGCCGCAGCAGCAGCAGGAGCAGGGCCAGUCUCCGCAGCAGCAUCAGCAGCAGUCUCCGCAGCAGUACCAACAGCGGUCCCCGCAGCAGCAUCAGCAGCGGUCGCCGCAGCAGCAUCAGCAGCAGUCUCCGCAGCAGCACCACCAGUUGCAGCCACUGUCUCCUCACCACCUGCAGUCGUCACCACCGUCGGUGCCGUCCGAGUCACCACGUCAUCACCACCAGAUGCAGCCUGUGUCGCCGCACCAGCAGAUCAUCCAGUCAGAAUCGCCGCAGCAGCAGCACCAGGCCCAGACGGGAUCGCCCCAGCAGCACCAGAUCCACGGGGGAUCACCGCACGCGCUGCAGAUCCAGACGGGAUCGCCGAUCCAGCAGCAGCAGAUGACGUCAGGAUCCCCGCGUCAUCAGAUCCAGGCGCGAUCUCCGCACCAGCUAGCCGGAUCUCCGCACCAGCUGGCCGGAUCUCCGCACCAUCGUCACCAGCUGCAGUCGGGCAGCUCGCCGUACCAGGAGCAGCAGGAGCAUCUGCAGCGGCACCACCAGCUGCAGCAGCUGCAGCAGCACCGCGAGCAGCAGCUGCAGCAGCAGCAGCAGCAGCAGCCGCCGCUGCCCGACCCCAGCACCAUCAUGGACAAGCUGCCCUCCUACGACAUGAACCUGAAGAAGGAGGUUGACGCGGACAUGCCAGUCUCUCACAGCUCGCACGUCACGCACGGCUCUCAUGGCUCACCACACGUGGCACACACGGGCUCUCACUACUCGCACGGCGGCUCGCAGUACUCUCACUCGUCCGGUCACGGCUCUCCGCAGUUCUCCUCGGAGACUGUCACCAUCCACGGCUCCCACGGCAGCCAGGAGGUGGCCUUCAAGACGGAGCAGCUGCCGGUCGAGCCGGUGCUGGUGGAGGGCACGCCGCACAUCGUGUACCCGAGCUCGGCAGGGGAUGAUAUGGAGCAGGGCGCCAUGGCCACACUGCGGCCCAUCACUCCCUCCAUGCCGGCCCUCUCCUGCUCGGCUGCUGACGCCGGCCUCAGCUACUCGAGCCUGCAGAACGGCGGUACUAGCGCCGGCUCGCCGCUGCACACGUACGGUACCUCCGUGCAGCCGCUGCUGAGCUAUGGCGGCGGCGCCUCGGCCAACUACUACACUCAGGCCACCGGCGGCUACACCAAACACGAGCGCUACGCCGGCGGCGGACAGGAGUACGACCUGAGCCCGUACACAUCCGCGAUCCCCGACUUCCAGAGGAUCACCGGCGCCACGAAGGAGCACGAGAUGGCCUGGGCGGCGUGCGGCGAGUUCGGCGCUACUGCGCAGGCGAUGGCCGCCGGCGGACAGGGCGGCCUCGUCUACCCGUCGGUCAACUGGUCGACGGUGAACGCCGCCUACGUCAGCAACGACGUGCGAAAACUGGACCUCAGUGACCCCGCUAACCAGGAGGGCCGCGAGUGUGUCAACUGCGGCACAGUCAGCACCCCGCUGUGGCAGCGCGCCUCGACCAACCACUACCUCUGCAACGAGUGUGGCACAUACAUGAAAAACUACGGCACCAACCGGAACCCUCCGAAGGCGCCCGCCGCUAAACGCCUGAGUAACCCGGCGGCGGCUCGCCGCGUCGGACUCUCGUGCGCCAACUGCCAGACCACAACCACGACGCUGUGGCGCCGUAACAGCUGUGGGGAGCCGGUGUGCAACGCCUGCGGGCUCUACUUCAAACUACACCAGGUAAACCGGCCCCUGACCAUGCGGAAGGACGGCAUCCAGACGAGGAAGCGCAAGCCGAAGAACGUCUCCGGCGAUGCCAAGAACAUGAUAAAGUCGCACGCUCGUCAGAACGCUCUGACUGCUGCCACCGUCACCAACGCUCUGGGCAGCUACGCAACCAGCGACUUCUACGGCCAGCACUACUGUGGUGACAUGUCGGGGGCCGCCGCCCUGCUGCAGGGCGGCGGCUCGGUGCCCGGGGGAGUCUCGGCCGCCGCCGCCGCCGCCGCCGCUGCCGCCGCCGCCGCGUCGGCCGUCUCUCACGGUACUCACAGUCGCAUCAUGUAUGGCGCCCCCGGGCUGGAAAGUAUGGGCCUGAGCGGGAUGGGGGCCGACUCCAAGCUGGACAAGCCUCAGGUGUGAGCUGCGCCCGCGGGCAGCGUCUUCCACCGUGUCGCCUGGUCCCGUGCCGGGUCGGCGACGGGUCACCUGAGUCGGCGCUGGCGCCUGAUGUGGUACACAGGUGACCUGGGCGCACGGUGGAACUGAUAGAUGGGUAUAAGUGCAUUAGUGGAUCGCCUCGGUGGUCUCAUCGAGCCAUUGGUGGAGUAGACCGACAUCAGCUCUCGGUCACUGUGAGUGUGUGUUGGUACGGGUCGGCAGAGCGGGCUUAUUUAGCUGAAUCUUAAGGUGUGUGAGGGCAUUCAUUGCUGCACAGUUGUGCUGUGCACUAUCAUGAGUGGGUGUGUCACAUGUGUGAAUGUACGCGGGUGUGAUGCCGACGGUACCAGUGUGACGGUAUGAAACGCCAGGCGCCGUCUGUCCUGCAGUGCCGCGGGACGAAGCGUUUUGAUGCAAUGUUCAUCAUGUUUGGUUAAUUUUCCGGAAGUUUCACUCCAACCCACGCAGUACGCACCCUUCCAGUUUCACAAGCGGGUCGAAACUUGUGCCUUCGCGUGUUUUAGAAGACAAUCGGCUGAAACGUUGCACUAUUACUAUGGUGUGGAUCUAUGGUAGCUACUGCUUGCAUCCCGCUCAUUUAUACCUUACUCAUACCGUACAUUUGUAGUGGUCCCUUUAUCUAGCAUGUGGUGGUAUUCAUACAUUCCAAAUGCUAUGAAUUGGCGAGUGCUGAUAUGCGUAGAAUAAGCUGCGUCACGGGGCAAUGGCUGUCACACUUAUUGGUAAACCGCGCAACUUUGCUGCGGAUUCCAUGCCACUCAGGCAAAAUGCUUUAGUCAAUGAAAAGUCUCCUACCUUCAGUGAUGAAAUGUGAUUCAUCAGUCGGUUGCAAAUUUUAUUAAAUGCAUUUCGAGCUAGUGAUAUCUGGAAAUUUUUAUUGAAUGCAUUCCGGACUUGUGAUAUUUUAUCCUGACCAAGCCCAGCAGUGGGCAUCUUGGCAGGGCAACUGAUAUUGCCAUCAACACCAUUCCAGCAGACUUAUCAUGUGACAACUGCAUUUCGCCUCUGUGAUCGCUUUGUGAAUAGCUGCUCGUGACCGCAACGCAUCGGCUGAAAUUGUUUUCACGUGUGCUUAUUUUACCGAUGAUUAUACGAUGGGCAUUUUUCAUGUUCGCUGCCGGUUGCACUAGCGUAUCUAUUGCGAUGUUGGCGCGACAUGCCUGCUUUUGGACGUGCUGUACCGCCGAGCAGUGUCUUCGAAGACCUGUAGGAGGCGAUGUGGUCAGACCCAAUACAGCCGUGCCUAUCAG